UGCACCCGCUGAGUUUCUCCAGAUAUUUUGUGUACCUUGUGCUUGUCCUGCUUAGUAUUUCCAAAUAUCUAUCACAAAGCGGGUUGCUUGUUGUUGAGUCAGACCUGUUGUUCAACCCGUGACUGCAUGCAUUUCCCUUGGGAACUCCCGUUUCCCUCCACAUCCUAAAGACGUGUAGGCUGGCAAGUUAAUUGUCCAUUUUAAGUUGCCACUAAUGUGUGAGUGGUUGAAUUUGCAGGUAACGGGAAUAGGGGAAAAUAAAAUAGGAUUGUGUAAAUGUCAUGAUGUUAAUAGUCCAAAGGGCAUGUUUCUAUGCUGUAUGACUCUAUACGCUUUAAACAUGUAUAAUGCAGUGGGAGUAGCGAAUUCAGUGUUAGGACUUAAUUUGUAUUUAGCAACAAACCAAACAUCUCUGAGAUCUAUAAAACGUCACCGUUUCCAAUGUCUUGGGUCAAACCGAUUCAUGACAUGAACCUGGAGAGCAAAAACCUCCAGAUGCUAGGAACAUUCAGCCGGUAAGACGGCAUCCAUGAAAAGAGACACGGACUUGAUGAUGCUGAUUGAUUGCCGAGGCACGUUACACCACACAUCUUAUCUCUGGAGGUUGGGUUAAAGCAUCAUACGUGGAUUUAAUUUCCUGUUUCGUUAUCUGUUGUAUUUGUGUGAUCCUUAGCGCUGGCUUAUUGUUUAUUGGUCCAGUGUUCGUGAAGGUAAUCUUUCCUUCCGAUGAGACUUUGUACCGAAUACAGAAACACUUUUGUAACAUUUCCAGUCCAGAUCCCUCCAGCAGCUUCGAUCGUUAAUUAUCGGGCGGAAAUCUGACCCAGUCCGUUUGCUCGGGGAAAUCGUGAAGGGAUGACUGAAAAGUAUACAAAAGGAAACACUGACGAAAUAAACGAAAGUAAAGAUGCAUCUUCUGAUAAAGCACAGGAUGAAGAGAGCAAAACUAAGGACGAGAAAGGAAAAAAGAUUGAACAGGUCGGCCCACUGUCAUUGUUUCGCUAUGCAGAUGGAUGUGAUAAAUUGUUGAUGGUACUGGGUAGUGUUGCUGCCAUAAUUCAUGGAAUUGCCCUGCCACUCAUGGUCAUAGUGUUUGGGGAGAUGACAGACAGCUUUGUUCAUGAUGGACUUAUGAAAAAUAUAACAGCAAAUUCAACGCUGAAUGUAACUGGUGAUUUUACCGAAACAUUGGAGGAGCAAAUGACGAGAUUUUCCUAUUACUAUUCAGGAAUAGGGGGAGGUGCUUUCAUUGCAGCCUUUAUGCAGAUCUCCUUCUGGUCACUGGCAGCAGCAAGGCAGACAAAGAAAAUAAGAACUGAAUUAUUUCAUGCUGUGUUGCGUCAAGAAAUUGGAUGGUUUGAUGUCAGUGAGGUUGGUGAAAUCAACACCCGUCUAACUGAUGAUAUUUUGAAAAUAAAUGAUGGUAUUGGUGAUAAAAUUGGCAUACUCAUACAGUCGCUGUCGUCCUUUGUAGCUGGGUUUGUGGUUGGCUUUGUAAAAGGAUGGAAGUUGGCAUUGGUGAUUCUGGCUGUGAGCCCCGUUCUGGGAAUCUGUGCCGCAAUCUGGGCUAAGAUACUGACCUCGUUCACAAAACAAGAGCAAACUGCCUAUGCAAAGGCUGGAGCUGUGGCAGAGGAGGCAUUAUCAUCCAUCAGAACUGUGGUAGCUUUUGGAGGACAAAAGAAAGAAGUUGAUAGGUACCUAAAAAAUUUAAUUGAAGGCCAAAAGCUUGGAAUCAAAAAGGCCAUCAGCAGCAAUAUAGCAAUAGGUUUGACCUUCUUAAUAAUAUAUGGCUCUUAUGCUUUGGCCUUCUGGUAUGGAAGUACCCUUGUUUUGGAUGAGGACUAUACAAUUGGAACAGUGCUUACAGUAUUCUUCGCAGUCUUAAUUGGUGCAUUUUCCAUUGGUCAAUCAUCACCGCACAUUGAAGCAUUUGCCAGUGCAAGAGGUGCAGCGCAUGUGAUCUAUCACAUCAUGGACCAGGAACCAUCAAUUGACAGUUUUUCGGAAAGUGGACACAGACUCAGUCAAAUUAAAGGAGAUGUAGAAUUUUCAAACGUGCAUUUCAAAUAUCCAUCACGACCUGAUGUUAAGAUAUUGAAGGGUCUGAACUUGAAGUUACAAAGUGGCCAAACAGUUGCUCUGGUUGGCAACAGUGGCUGUGGAAAGAGCACCACCAUUCAGCUUCUGCAGAGAUUAUACGAUCCUGAAGAUGGAAUGAUAAUGCUCGAUGGACAUGAUAUUCGGUCCUUGAAUGUUAGGCAUCUCAGAGAAUUUAUUGGAGUUGUGAGCCAGGAGCCCAUCCUCUUUGCCACCACAAUAACUGACAACAUUCGCUAUGGCUGUGAAGAUGUCAGCAUGACUGACAUUGAAGAGGCUACCAAGGAAGCUAAUGCAUAUGAAUUCAUUAUGAAAUUGCCAGAUAAAUUCAAUACAUUAGUUGGAGAAAGAGGCACACAGCUCAGUGGAGGUCAGAAGCAAAGAAUUGCCAUUGCACGUGCACUGGUUCGCAAUCCCAAAAUCCUGCUGCUGGAUGAAGCGACGUCUGCAUUAGAUGCUGAGAGUGAAGCUGCAGUCCAGGUUGCACUUGACAAGGUACGACAAGGCCGCACCACAAUAGUAAUUGCUCAUCGCCUGUCAACUGUUCAAAAUGCAGACGUCAUUGCAGGAUUGGAAGACGGUGUAAUUGCAGAGCUGGGAACCCAUGAACAACUGAUGGAAACAAAGGGGAUCUAUUACAACUUGGUCACCACACAGACUUUUAAGCGUGAAAAUGAAGAUCAAGAGGGAACUGAUGAUAAAACAGAAGCAAAAAGCACCAAAAAGAUACUGCCUGGACAGCCCAAGCAAGGUAGUGUAAAAAAGGCAAAAAUAGUCGAGGAGAAGACAGAUGCAAGUGAGGAUGCACAGGAUGAGGAUCUACCCAACGUGUCCUUUUUAAGGGUCCUCAAGAUGAACAAAAAGGAAUGGCCUUAUCUAUUAAUGGGAACUUUCUGUGCUGUUAUAAAUGGGAUCUUGCAGCCUGCCUUUGCCAUAAUUUUUUCAGAGAUUAUCGGGGUUUUUGCGCACCCAGACAAGAAUGUUGUACGUCGUCAGGCUACGUUGUAUUCCCUACUUUUCUUAGCAAUAGGAGGUAUCUCCUUUGUUACUUUUUUUAUUCAGGGAUUCACAUUUGGUAAGUCUGGUGAGACACUGACUCUGAGGCUACGAUCCAUGGCCUUUAAGGCGAUGAUGCGACAGGAUAUUAGCUGGUAUGAUGAUUCGAAAAACAGUACCGGAGCGUUAACGACCAGACUUGCAAAUGAUGCAUCUCAAGUUAAGGGGGCUACUGGUGCCAGACUUGCUACGGUUGCACAGAAUGUAUCCAAUCUUGGAUGUGCCAUUAUUAUUUCCUUCGUCUAUGGCUGGCAACUGACCCUGUUGAUCUUAGCCAUUGUGCCAAUCUUGGCAAUUUCAGGAGUGAUACAGAUGCGAGCGCUCACUGGUCAUGCCAACAAGGAUCGGGAGGAACUGGAAAAUGCUGGAAAAAUUGCUACAGAGGCAGUUGAAAACAUUCGAACUGUUGUAGCUCUAACAAGAGAGAAAAAAUUUGAACAAAUGUACAAAAGUAGCAUGGCUGUUCCAUACAGGAAUGCCAAAAAGAAGUCUUGCAUUUAUGGAAUCACCUUUGGCCUUUCACAAGCAAUUAUGUUCUUUGCUUAUGCAGCAUGUUUUCGAUUUGGAGCCUGGCUAGUGGCACAUGACUACAUGGGGUUCCGAGACGUUUUUCUCGUGUUCUCAGCGAUUGUAUUUGGAGCAAUGGCUUUGGGACAAGCCAGCUCGUUUGCACCUGAUUAUGCCAAGGCUAAAGUAUCAGCAGCCCGAAUCAUCAUGUUGAUUGAACAAACAGUAUCAAUAGACAGCUUUAGUGAUGCUGGUGAUGUUCCCAGCACAUUUGAAGGAAUGGUCAAAUUUGAAGAUGUUGCCUUUAACUAUCCCACUCGCCCGGAUGUGCCUGUGUUACAAGGUUUAACACUUGAAGUUGCAAAAGGACAAACCUUGGCUCUAGUGGGAAGUAGUGGCUGUGGGAAAAGCACCACCGUGCAGUUGCUGGAGAGGUACUAUGACCCACAAAAUGGAAAAGUGUUUUUAGAUAACAACAAUAUAAAGGGCCUCAAUAUUCAGUGGGCUCGGGCACAGAUGGGUAUUGUGUCUCAAGAACCAGUGCUGUUUAACUGCAGCAUUGCUGAGAAUGUUGCCUAUGGGGACAACAGCAGGAUCAUAUCCCAGGAAGAAAUAGAGGCUGCAGCCAAAGCUGCUAACAUACAUUCUUUUAUUGAAACUCUCCCUCAGAAAUAUGACACGUGUGUCGGAGACAAGGGCACCCAGCUAUCUGGUGGGCAGAAACAGCGUGUGGCCAUUGCCCGAGCAUUAGUCCGAAAUCCUAAGAUCCUGCUCCUAGAUGAAGCUACAUCAGCACUGGAUGCAGAAAGUGAAAUGAUUGUUCAAGAAGCACUGGACAAAGCAAGAGAGGGCCGUACCUGCAUUGUGAUAGCUCAUCGUUUGUCUACUGUCCAAAAUGCCAACAAAAUAGCUGUGUUUCAUAAUGGACAAAUUGCAGAGGAAGGAACACACCAGCAACUUUUGGCCAAACAAACUCUUUAUUACAAUCUAGUUAAUGCACAAAUGAGACGAAACUGAGUGGGGGGAGAAAUAUCAAUCACUGUAUUCAAAUUCAUUUUUUAAAUUUCAGUUUGAUUUUGGUAAAUGGCAAUAAAGUUAGACCAGUGAAAUAACACCUUGUAUAUACAGCACCUUUAACAUAGUAAAAAUGUCAUAAAUUAUUUUCAUUAAUUACAUGCCCUGCCUUGGACAAAUAACUGUCUCCAAUUUUGAUGGGGAGAGCCCAUUAAUAAAUCAGAGCUGUUAAAAAAAAAGUUAAUUAUUUGGAAAGAAUAUGGGAUUGUGAAAAUGGUAUCAUCUCUGACAAGUCUCCUAGGCAGCUACUAGAAUAAAUGUAACCCCACACUCCUAACAGAGAUGUACAUAUGAGGGGCUGAGUCCAACUACAACUGAAGCACAAGUUGUGAGGAUAAUCGGCCACUGUAAAGUAAUCACAGUGUAGAAUAUGGGAGUGGUUGAUGGAAAUUUGAGGAGAAUCGAAAAUGGGAUUAGUGUAGGAUUUUCGUCAAUGAGAUCUACCUGGACAUGGUGGGCCAACAAGCCUAUUUUCAUGCUGCUCUUUUUUCUUUUCUGCUCUGAGUGCAGCUCUCUCUGGAAACAUAUGUACUGGAACCAUUCCUCAUUAUCGACAAUUAUAAUUAAAAUCAAUGAGUAAUUCAGUUUUGUAUUUCUAUAUGUAUGGGUAUUUAAAAUGUUAUUUGAUGAUUACUAUACACAAUCUGACUAUUUCAAAAUGUGUUGACAUUUUCUAAUGUCAUACAUGUUAAUAGAUUCCUUUAAGUACCUAUCUAUGAAUUGAUAUGUGAUUGCAACAUUUAAGCACCAGAUAGCCAAUAAAUACCAUGGGAGUCAUUAUAACCAUAGCGUUCAGGUGUGAAUGAUAUUCUCAAUGCAGUGAUCAGUUCUAAUUGCUGUCUUUUGACAUUUUUAAUUUUACAGGUAGGUGUUGUUAUUCCCCAAUAGUUUAAUUUCCCAGUCUCUGUACACCUCCAACAGAAUGGUCUUGAGGAAAGGGCCAGAGACAGCGAGAGGAAAAAUGAGGAAUGGGGAACAGAGAUGGGGAGAUGCAAGUUUAAUACUGAGGAAAAUGGGAAUGGGAAGUUUGUUCUAACAUGCCAUCUUCCACACAUCCUGUAGCAUUUAAAAAAAUGUUUAUGGACAAGGUUGUGAUUGCAACAUCUUUACCACAAGAUUACUUUCUACCGUUCUAAUCUUCAGAGUAGAUAUCCUUAGAUGAGGACCAACACAAGAGCCCUAAUACAAGUCUGGUGUUCUGAAAUAAAAUACAAAAAGUAAUGGGGACACGCAGCAGAUCAGGCAGUAUCUGUGGAAACAGCAGAGUUAACAUUUCAGAUCUAAGACCUUUUGUCUUAAUUGGGAAAGAGAGGAAACAUGGCAAUUUUAAGUUGCAAAGAGGAUGAGAGAUAUUCAGGGCAAAGGAAAUAUCUCUGAAAGAGGGUUGCCCAGUUACAGCGCUGCCUGAUGAAUUGAUUAAUGAAGGCAGUUAGAGAGAGACUGAAAAUAGAGAGGGAGGAUGAUCAGUACCAGGAGGUGAGAUGGGAGGGGUGACAGAUAAAGCAUGGAGUCAGAUGUUGUGGAGGUAUGUUAGGCAGAUGAAGGUAGGUGAGGAGGGAGAGGUGUAUAUUUAGUAACAGACUGGUGGAUGAAUGGUGGAAGCUGAUAAGAAUCGAGGGCAAAUUGAGCCAGGUGGGGGGACGGGAGUGGGAAGGUAGAGAUAAAGACUAGAAGGUAGUAAGUAGAACUAGGUAAGGAAUGGACGAUGGCUAGAUGGAACCAGAUAGGAAAUGAAAGAUAGGAAAGGUAGAGCAGCAAGAAGAAUUUAAGGCAUGGGAAAAGAACAUAAGGGGAUUUGGCAAUCUGAAACUGGUAAAUUCCAUGUUUAAGCCAAGUGGAAUACCAGGUUUUGUACUUCAAGUAUGUGCUUCACUUCACUAUGUCAGUGGAGAAGUCUGUGUGGGAACGAGAAGGUCGGAUUAAAUGACAUGCAACCAGAAGCUCCAGGUGGAUGUUGCAGGCGGAGCACAGAUGCUCUGUAAAGCGAUGUCUUGUCGACGUUUGG